AUGGACGCCAAGCCGCAGCGAUUUCGCGCCGUUGGGGACGAGAAUUUGCCCCCGGUGUCUCUGCAGAAUCACAAAGGUCUCCAUCAACGCAAUAAGUCUAGCCCCGCUCUAGGCAUGAUGGCGCAGAACAAUGUUCCUCGACGUGCCUUCGGUGAAGUCAAGAAUCCAAAGGAGAUGAACCGCAUGUCGCGCGAUGACUCUGCUGUUGGUGGCAAACCGGUCAUUGUGACUGAAAGCAAGACUGGGUUGGCUCAGCCCGCCCAUCGCCCACUGUCAUCGUCAAACGCCAGAACCAUCGUCGACAAAGUCGCCAACGCCAAACCCAUGAACCCCGCCGGAAAAGCCCAGAAGGCUACGAAGCGAAGCAACGCUGUCUUCAAAGAGCAACUGCAAACUGUCCCCGAGACAGACUCAUCCAAGGAAACACAAAUGAAUAUCGAGGGAAAGACUGGCCUCAAGGAGGCGGAGAAGGGAUCCAAGCCGACAACGAUCGCCGUGAUUCCUCCCAAAGAAGCUGCAGCCGCUACUCACUUGGAGUCCGAUGCAACCAUCUCUGAGCCUGAAGAAGUCAAGGAGCAGCCACGCGUGAAGGAGCCUGUGCUAGCGGUAUCAGAGCCCGAGGAGUGGGAUGAGGACGAAACCGAGUAUCCAGUUGCUCCUACCGAUGCGACUACCACUACCGACCUCUUCCCGCGCAUGAGCUCUAUCACGCAAGGUCAAAUGUUUCAGGCCAAGAGAAUUGUUGAGAGUGAUCAGACCGAAGAAGAUCGCGAGGAGGAUCUUCUGGACACGACCAUGGUCGCCGAAUACAACGACGAGAUCUUCCUCCACCUCAGACAGAAGGAGAUUGAGAUGCUCCCAAUCACCGACUACAUGGAUAACCAGGCGGAGAUUCAAUGGUCCAUGCGCUCGGUCUUGAUGGACUGGCUUGUGCAAGUUCACCAGCGCUUCAACUUGCUCCCCGAGACUUUGUUCCUCACUGUCAACUACAUUGACCGUUUCCUAUCUCACAAAAUCGUCUCCCUUGGCAAGCUGCAGCUCGUCGGUGCGACUGCCAUCUUUAUUGCUGCCAAGUUUGAGGAGAUCACUGCCCCAUCUGUACAGGAAAUUGUAUACAUGGUUGAUGGAGGUUACACUGUUGAUGAAAUCUUGAAAGCUGAACGCUUCAUGCUCACCAUCCUCGACUUUGACCUAGGAUGGCCUGGCCCAAUGAGCUUCUUGCGCCGUAUCAGCAAGGCUGAUGAGUACGACCUGGAGACUCGCACUGUUGCCAAGUACUUCCUCGAGCUGGCGAUCAUGGACGAACGCUUUGUUAGCAGUCCUCCCAGCUUCGUCGCAGCAGGCGCCCACUGCCUUGCGCGUUUGCUUCUGAACAAGGGCAACUGGACCCCAGCCCACGCUUUCUACAGCGGGUACCUAUAUGCCCAGCUGGUUCCAGUGGUCAAGACCAUGAUUGACUGCUGCGAGAAUCCUCGCCGCCACCAUGCAGCCAUUUUCGAGAAGUACUCUGAUCGCCGCUUCAAGCGCGCGUCUAUCUUUGUCGAAAAUGAGUUGGCAUCCGACUUUGCUCUGCCCAAGGUCGCUGAUCUCAGUGACCCAGAUCGCUUGGACGGAUAUGCCAACUAUUAA